ACAAUAACCUUCCGCUGAAAGGCGUAGUCCUUUAGAUCUCUUUUAUUUUGAAGAGGACACCUUGAACUGUUGACCAACGAACUAACAUAUGCGGUUGUUACAUCAAUGUAGAUCGUUAUAUCUAAUAUUUUUUAUUGUCCUAUGAGCAAAUAGGUUGUCUUUCUAUAGGCGUUUGAAAUCGGACACCGCUGGCGUUGGGGCCCUCAUUUCAUGCGUAGGGAUACGUUGUUGCUUUUGACAAUGUGGACGGAGGUGGUUAAGAUGUCUACUAGAAGAAUGAAAUCAUCUUAAUUGUAACAACAAAAAGGAAGACGUGAGAUUAAUAACUAGAUAUUGUUUGGAUUCGGACUGGUUACGUUGUACUAAUGAUGUGGGUAGUGUAACAGAGCAAGGUUCAAGAGGAAUAAGGAAGACAUCUACAGCGAUCCAAUGUGUUUCACGCGCUGAGGUUGAAAUUCUCUUGAAGUUUUAUGUUUUUUCCCCCUGCGAUACUCAGCCUUUCUUUUUACUGUUGGAUGCCAGACAUUUGAAGAUUAAAGGGUUGUUAGAGACUGAGGGGCAUGAACGAGCAGCCGCAGCAGAGAAUGGCUGCAGUGGGAACACAAGACAAGGAACUCAACGACCUCCUGGAUUUCAGUGCGAUGUUUGCACCACCUGUGGCUAAUGGGAAGAACAGACCGACGACACUCGCUAGCAGUCAGUUUGGUGGAUCAGCUCUGGACGAGCGCAGUAGCUCUGGAUCCUGGGGCCCUGGAGAACAGAACAGCCCCUCCUUCAACCAAGGACGGGGCUACGGAGAUGGCUCCCACUACAAUGAGCAUGAGGGCUUGUCAUCUCCCUUCCUCAGUUCAGGAAUCGGAGGUAAAAAUGAGAGGGUACCAUACUCUUCGUUUGGAGGCCAGCCUGGCUUCCUACCCAGUGACAUCGCCAUGCCCAGUCCAGAUUCCAUGUCCCCCUCUGGGCUAAAGUCUGCCUCUCAGUUCUACCCCGGAUCGUACCCCAACAACCCCAGGAGGAGGCCUCCCGAUGGCCAGCUAGACACCCAACCGAAGAAGAUCCGGAAACCCCCUGGCCUGCCUUCCUCGGUGUAUGCCUCCUCCUCCGGGGAUGAGUAUGCCCGUGAUAACGGAGGAUAUCCUGGCACCAAACCUGGCUCUGUCUACCCAGGCUCUUUUUACAUGCAAGAGGGACUCCACCCCUCCUCUGACCCUUGGGCCUCCUCAGGACCUUUGGGUCAGUCUGGCUACUCUGCCAUGCUGGGGAACUCUCCCCACAUCGGCCAGCCCGGAUCCUUCUCUGCCAUCAACCCACAGGACAGGAUGGUGAGGACAACCCCACACUAUAAGCGUCAACCCCUGCCUCUGUCCCCACAGAACUACCCUCUCCACGGCAGUGAGGUGAACGGCAGUCUCGCACCCGGCUUCCACUCUGGGUCUGGGAGCUACAACCACACAUCCUCCAUCAAUGGCGCAGACAGCAUCAUGGCCAAUAGAGGCACCACUGCAGGGAGCUCAGGGGAUGAGAUUGGGAAGGCUCUUGCUUCAAUCUACCCCUCGGACCACAACAGUAACAACUUCUCCUCCACACCCUCCACCCCAGUGGGCUCACCCCAGGGAAUUGCAGGAGCUGCAUCUCAAUGGCCAAGACCUUCAGGGCAGUCUGCCCUGUCACCCAACUAUGAAGGGCAACUGCAUGCCCUGCAGAACAAAAUGGAGGACCGCCUGGAGGAGGCCAUCCACGUGCUGCGUAGCCACGCUGUCCAAGGCCCUCCCGGCCUGGGAGGAGGAGCCCACUCUGACAUGCACAGCCUGCUGAGCGCUGUGUCCUCUGUACACAACGGUGGCCUGGGAGGUCUCUCUCAGGCCUUCUCCAAUGCUGGCCUUGCCCUCAGCAACAGACACCCUACCAUGGGAGGGAACCACCAGGAGGAGCCCACAGGCCUUCCUCCCAGCAGUACCCUGCUUCACGGUCACCACGCCUCCGGACCCCCACAGUCCACUGGACAACCAGAGGGCUUCACCAGUCUGCCAGGAAGUGUGGCCCGCUCCACACACUCGUCCAGCGGCUCGGACAUCAAGCGGGAGGACAAGGAGGAUGACGAGAACUCCUCCAUCGCUGACAAGUCUGAGGACGAGAAGAAAGAAACCAAACGCAUCAGAGCAAGAAAGGAGGCGUUGACCCUCCAGAUCCUCUCUGGCCUCUCAGGCCUGUCAGACCCGGGAGAUGAUCAAGAGGAUGAGGAUGACGAGGACCUUCCUCCUGAGGUAAAGGUAGAGCGUGAGAAAGAGCGGCGAGUGGCCAACAACGCCCGCGAGCGGCUGCGAGUGCGAGACAUCAACGAGGCUUUCAAGGAGCUGGGCCGCAUGUGCCAGCUGCACCUCAGCAACGACAAACCUCAGACCAAACUGCUCAUCCUGCAUCAAGCUGUCAACGUCAUUCUCAACCUGGAGCAGCAAGUCAGAGAACGCAACCUGAACCCUAAAGCAGCGUGUCUGAAGCGACGGGAGGAGGAGAAAGUCUCUGGGGUGGUGGGGGAGUCCCCCAUGCAGCUCUCAGGAGGCCACCCCGGCAUGGGGGGAGAUGGCCAUAACCCAGUCAGCCAUAUGUAAUACCAGAUCUGGUGGAAUUCCUUUGGUUCUCGGAAGAUGUGGCCUUGAUCUCUUCUUCCACCCAUUCUUCUCAGUGUGUACAUAUACUGAUGUGUCUGUGUAUUGUCAUAAUUCAGUUUCAAGACACACAUUCACACACCCUUAUCCACACAUGCAUACUGCCAAAACUGACACAGCCAAUUUGCCGCACUCCUGACCAUGACUACCAGCGCAAAUGUGAAGAACCUUGUACUUUUUAUUUUAUACAUGUUUUUGUUUGCUUCCGUAACAUGAUGGAUCACCGGAGUACUAGUGUCCGGCCACAAAUGGGACUUAAAACACUGCCGAGAGGUGCUCUGUGAAAGACAGAAGCAUAACAAACUACAAAUUUACAAAAGGAUUUGUGCCUAAUUGUUACAUGUUUUAUGAAACAUUUAAGCAAAUGUGUGGAACUUUUUGUUUCGGGGUUGCUUGUAUGUAUAAGCAAGUGUAGAUUUGUCAUUCCCAACUUAAUGGUACAGUCUUACAUAUGUUAUGUAACCAAAUCCAUGUGAUAGAGAGGGCAGUUGACCUGCAUCGUGGGACAGAGUUGCAGUCCCACCCCAGCUCUGUGGGCCCUGGGCCCAACAUGAGAUGAGGCAGAAGGGGGAGGAACCUCACCUGCCGAGUUGUCAUGUUCAGGGUUGUAGAAGGCUUUUUUGUAGAAGACUCCAAGGCUUUUCUUCCCUGCCAUAAACAAAAUAAUAGUAUUUCAGACUCCAGUAUUGUUUCAGCAUCCCCUCGGUGUAGGUUAAUUGGGAGACACCUGGCCAGGGGUAGAAAAGCAGUUUAACAGUAAUUUUUCAUCCUGCGUCUCACCCAUUGGUUACUAUUGAUGCCAUCAGAAACUAGAGAAGCUUUCUGGAAAGCUUGUGGCGUUAACCAGCCACUCUGUUCCGUCUAGUCAUGAGACUGGAGGCUUGGUUUGGAAUACUCUGAUGGGCAUCUUAUGGCCAUAUUGUGUAGUGCCACCCUUGAGUUUAAAAUCAAUUGACCCUGAACUCAUGCCCCAUGCAUUGUCAUUCUUAAAAAACUAACACUAGGCGCCAAUGUGCAUUUGCAGGAUCAACCAUUGAUACCCCUAAUGGAAUGAAAUAUCCUCUUAAUACCAGACAAGCAAUUUAUUAGAAGUUCAGUUGUCUAUUCUUAAAAUUGAAGCAUUGAGCAUUCCCAAUGAACUACACCACAUGGCCAAAAGUGUGUGGAUUCAGUUAUUUCAGCUACACCCGUUACUGACAUAUAUAAAUUGAGCACACAGCCAUGCAAUCUCCAUAGACAAACAUUGGCAGUAGAAUGGCCUUUACUGAAAGGCUCAGUGACUUUCAAUGUGGCACUGUCAUAGGAUGCCACAUUUCCAACAAGUCAGUUCAUCAAAUUUCUUCCCCGGUCAACUGUAAGGGCUGUUAUUGUGAAGGGGAAACGUCUAGGAGCAACAACGGCUCAGCUGUGAAGUAGGCCGUAUUUGCUUACAGAACAGGAUGAUGUAGUGCAUAAAAAUAUUCUGUCCUCGGGUUGUAACACUGACUACCGAGUUCCAAACUCCGGAAGCAACGUCAGCACAGAAACUGUUCAUCGGGAGCUUCAUUAAAUAGGUUUCCAUGGCCAAGCAGCCACACACAAGCCUAAGAUCAUGUACAAUGCCAAGCGUCAGCUGGAGUGGUGUAAAGCUCGCUGCCAUUGGGCUAGAGCAAUGGAAAAGCAUUCUCUGGAGUGAAGCUUCACCAAUCUGGAUUUGGUGGAUGCCAGGAGAAAGCUACCAGCUUGAAUGCAUAGUGCAUUGGUGGAAUACUGGUCUGGGGGCUGUUUUUCAAGGUUCGGGCUAGGCCCGCUAGUUCCAGUGAAGGGAAAUCUUAAUGCUUCAGCAUUUAUUUUAUUUGACCUUUUUUUAUUUAACUAGGCAAGUCAGUUGAGAACAAAUUCUUAUUUACAAUGACGGCUUACCCCGGAUGUCGCUGGGAAAUUGUGUGCAGCCCUAUGGGACUCCCAAUAAUGCUUGGUUGUGAUAAAGUCUGGAAUCAAUUAUUUGUUGAGAUCGGUGUGGACGAACUUCAUUGGCCUGCACUGAACCCUGACCGCAACCCCAUCGAACACCAGACCUGAUCGCACAACAUCAGUGCCCAACCUCACUAAUGCUCUUCUAGCUGAAUGGAAGCAAGUCCCUGCAGCAAUGUUCCAACAUCUAGUGGAAAGCCUUCCCAGAAGAGUGGAGGCAGUUCUAGUAGCAAAGGGCGGACCAACUCCAUAUUAAUGCCCAUGAUUUUGGAAUUAAAUGUUCGUUGAGCAGGUGUCCACAUACUUUUGGCGAUGUAGUGUAGUAAGAGCUCAUGCUGUCUUGACUAUAUUGUUAAAAUGUCUGCAUAAUGAGACAAUCUGAUUUGUAAAUCCACCUCAAGCAUACAUUCAACUAAGGAUAUUGUUUCAAAUGGAGCAAAAUUAAAUGCAUAUAAAUAUAUUUGUCUAUACAUUGUAGAUUUUAAAUCCAUGACAAUGUUAGUUUGAAGUUUAGAGUGUAUCGUAGUUGAGCAGAAUUAAGAGCUGAUAUUAAAUCUUAAUGUAUUUUCAAAAUGAACUCAAAUUGGACUGUCAGAUUUGCCAUGAGAGAGGAAAGCUUAACUUAAACAAGAACACAGGCUCAGAAAAAGAAACGAAGACCGAUGGGGUCAGUUGUAGGCUUAAUUAUCAUUAUGUAUUUAGUGGCCAUUAAGCUGUCAGUCUUUGGUGCAUCCCAUUUUGAUGAGAUUGAAACAUUUGACAAAGGGGUACAGUGGCCUAAAAUAUUGAUAUUGUUCCUGUUUUUUUAUAUAUAUAUAUAUAUAUAUGAGUAAGGAAGUUUUUGUUCAUUACCCAGAUUCAUUAUUUCUUUUCAAAUGGGAACGUGUGGAUGGAAUUUAUGCCACUGACUGUCCAAUUGAAGUGUUCUUACUGAAUGGUCAUGUGGCUUCACAAAGCAAAGUCUAUGAAGACGGGCACUGUCUCGAACAGUAAUUAUGCAACUGGUUUUGAAUGUAACAUUCAAAUGUGGAUUGCCUUCAUUUUCAAGUACAUAUCCAGGUUUUGUCCGUUGGUUCAAUGUUAUUAUUUUCUCUUCAUUUCAAACGUUCCAUUCUAUACUCUGCAUUCGUCCAAGUGGUCGUCAAUGUGCAGCUACAUUGUCCUGACAUGUUAUUUUGGAGUUUGUGUUUGGAUGGUCUGAAAAAACAAGUGUUAAUUCCUGUUGUAAGUUAAUAUCAUGGCUUCAGACAUGGUAUAGCACCGACCUCUAACCACAGAGGCAGAAAUGUACAUUGUUACUUGUUGGUCAUAGUAUUGAGAAGGAUUUAAGUUUACUUUGUAGAAAGUGAGGAAAAGAAAAGAAAAAGACAGUUUCAAAUCAAUAGUGUGGCCUUUUCAUUCUCAAGACUAAAGAUGUCAUUACUGGAGAGUGAUGCCUUAUCAGUGCCUGAACUUGUAUUUUCAUUAACUAUAAAGACAGUUCUUUUUUUAAACCAUAACAUUUCAUGUAUCGCGAAGAUUAGAGGUACAUCUGAUGAACCACCCCACCCCUCCCUUUUCACUUUUCAGGAAGAAGUUGAACAUUAAAAAAAACAAAAAAACAUUUAUGUAUCUAGAUAAAUAAACAUUUGAACUUUAUGUAGAUCUCUUGUUAUUUUAAUUUUUUUAUUCAACUGGAUUUGACCAUACUACUGUUAUGUUGUGGCUGUAGGUUCAAGUCCUGGUUUUGUUUGUCUGUUUGCCCCCCUAUUGAUAAACCACUCAACACUACUGGGUUCUAAGAUAUGAUGGGUUCUGCCCUUGUGAUCUGCUUUUCGAAGCACCUCAAACUGUCAAUAUAUAUAUAUAUAUAUAUAUGGCUUCAACUUUGAAGUGGGGGGGCUGUGUUAUUUUGAGCCAUGACAACUGGAGCUUUUUGUCACUAGAACUACCAUUUCUGUGUAAAAGAGUAAGUCUCCUCCAUUUACUUUGAGAUCUUUUUUUUCUGAUAUCAAUCUCCUUAUUGACUUUGACAGUGACUUAUUGUAAGGGGUAUUGACGUACCUCUUCAGAGUUGAUUUUGAAUGUUUGUUUCUCUACAAGGUGAAAUAUGUGUAGGCCUACUAAAUAUUGCGGAUUUGUUCUGAGAAUUUACUGAUCUGAUGUCAUUACGUAUUCUGUGAACAUCCCACAAUGACAAAAUGUACAACCUGUAUUCUGAAGUUGUUGGAUAGGGAGAAAGAUGGAGGGUCUUUUCUGUGUGUCGACCUGAAAAUUGACACCGGCCCUGUUUGAAUACUUAGUGCGUCCAUCCCGCCUCGCUUAAUGACAUGACUGGAUAGUGUGAGUUGUAUUGUCAACCUGUUUCAAAUCUGACAUGAAUAUAACUUUAUUUGAUUUCAUUUCUUAUAUGAAAGAACCUUGCUUUCACCUACCAAAUUAUUUCAGACCAUAGAUCAAUUCAAGGAGGAGGGCACUACUUUUUUUAAAUUCAAGUAUUCAAAUGGGGCCACUCACUCACUGCUACAAAGCCUGGCAUCUUACACUUGCAGCGAGGACACAAUCAAGACUGAGCAGUGUUUUCAGAGUGCCUCCAGUCCCGGUCUUUAUUAUAAUUUUUUUAUAUAUAUAAAGUAGUUAUUGAGAACUGUCCUGUAUAUAACAGUAAUGUAGCAAUAAAUGUGCCAUUUUUAAUAACAGAAUUAUACCUUUUUCAAUGUCUGGCUUUUGAAUCUUGUAAACAUGAAAGGAAAUAAAGGAAAACAUUGUAAUAAAGGGUUUAUCAUA